AUGUUAAUAAAAUUAUGAAUCACUCAAAUAUUCUAAAAUUUAUACAAAAAGCUCAUUAUACAACAAACCGAUCCAUUCUACCAAGCAAAACUAUAAAGACAAUAUUAAAGGAUAAUAGUACUAAUGUAUCUGUUCGUGGUUGGGUCCGCUCUGUUCGCAAACAAAAGCAAAUAAGCUUUGCAACUAUUAAUGAUGGUUCAACACUUAAAGGAAUUCAGGCCAUUUUAAAUGAGAAGGAUGCUGAAAAGCUGUCAACGGGCACCUGCGUUGAAUUGUAUGGUUCUCUUAUACCAAGUCCAGGUAAAGAGCAAAGCAAGGAGUUAAACGUAGAAAAAAUGAAAAUACUAGGUGAAUGCGAUAGUACAUAUCCCUUACAGAAGAAACGACAUUCAUUGGAAUUUUUAAGAACUAUUGGACAUUUAAGGAUGCGCGGCAAUACAGGGAGCGCUGUCCUUCGUGUGAGGAAUGCAGCCAAUGAAGGGCUCCAUGAUUUUUUCAAAAGUCAAGAAUUUAUUUUGACCAAUACACCUAUCUUAACCUCUCAUGACUGUGAAGGAGGAGGAGAAGUUUUUAAAAUAUCUCCCAUCGAUACUACCAAUCCAACCGAAUUUUUUAAAAAACCAGUCUAUUUAACUGUUUCAGGACAGUUACAUGCUGAAAUAACAGCAUUGGCUAUGUCUCGUGUCUACACCUUUGGGCCUGUAUUCAGAGCAGAAGAAUCCAUGACCUCUCGCCAUUUAGCUGAAUUUUGGAUGUUGGAAGCUGAGAUGGCUUUUAUUGAUGAAUUAGCACCUCUUUUAGAUGUAACAGAAGCCAAUGUGCAAGAGACGACACGCUAUGUUUUAGAUACUUGUAGUGAGGAUCUUUCAUUUUUUAAUCAAUGGGUUGAUAAAUCUCUUUUAGAAAGAUUACAAAAGAGUAUAGCAAAGCCCUAUGUGAGAAUGACUUAUAGUGAAGCCAUAGAUGUGUUACAGAAAGCUCAAAACAAGCAUAAAUUUCAAUUUCCUACUGAAUGGGGAUCCAGUCUUCAGUCAGAGCAUGAGCGCUAUUUAGCGUCAGAAUACUGUAAACAUCCAGUAUUUAUCACAGAUUAUCCAGCUGAAUUAAAGCCAUUCUACAUGAGAGCCAAUGAAGACGGAAAGACAGUAGGAUGUUUUGAUUUGUUAUUACCCGGUAUUGGAGAACUUGUGGGUGGAUCAUUACGUGAAGAACGUUAUGCUAUUUUAGAGCAGAAGAUGAGGGAAGCAAAGAUGAAUAUUGAAGAUUAUCAGUGGUAUUUAGAUUUACGUAAAUACGGUAGUGCACCUCAUGGUGGUUAUGGUAUUGGUUUUGAGCGUUUAUUAUUAUGGCUAACAGGUCUAGAGAAUGUAAGAGAAGUUAUACCCAUGCCUCGUUGGGUUGGUCAUUGCAAAUAUUAAACAAAGUAUAAUAUAACAGAAGACCUUAUAUAUUCAUUAUAUUUAGAACAGUACAAAAUAUUAUUUUUUUUUUCCUUUUUUAUUUUAAUAAAGAUAAAUGUAUUUUUACUUUUUUACAAAUAUUUACAUGACCAUUGAAUUGUUUGGGUCAUCUAAAGGACAAAGUAAAAAAGACUUUAAUUUAGAAAUGCCUUGUUAAGAAAGUUUAUCUUGGUAAAAGAAUAUAAAUACAAGCGAUAAUUCUUAUGAGGAUGACAUUUCUUAAAAAAAA